UUCUCUGCCUUGCCAGUUAGGUUAGGUGACUUUAGUUAGGUUAGGUUAAGUUAGUUUAGUUUGGUUAGUGUGGUUAGGUUUGGUUAAGUUACGUUUGGUUAGGUUAGGUUAGGUAGUUUAGUUAGGUUAAAUUAGUUUGGUUAGGUUUUCUUUGGCUUAAUUUAGUCAGGUUAGGUUAUUUAGGUUAAGUUAAGUUAGGUUUGGUUAAGUUAGUUUGGUUAGGUUAAGUUAGUCUUGGUUAGGUUAGGUUAAGUUAGGUUAGGUUAAGUUAGGUUAAGUUAGGUUUGGUUAGGUUAGGUUAGCUAUUUUAAUUAGGUUAAGUUAGCUAGUUUGGUUAGGCCUGUAAGGUAGAGGUUGAGCGGAAUGAUGUCGCUUUUCUCCGGAGUGGUGAAUCUGCUCCACCCGGAUCCUCGUUGCUGGAUCCACUUGUUGCGGUGGAUUGUUAUCCUCUAAUUUAAUUAAUUCCCAUCACCACUAACCGUGCUGUUGGAAUGACAGUUCCCACAAACACUCCAUUUAAAUUCAAAUUAUGUUGAAAGGCCGAGGAUAAAUGUGACUCUCUCUCUCUCUCUCUCUCUCUCUCUCUCUCUCUCUCUCUCUCUCUCUCUCUCUCUCUCUCUCUCUCUCUCUCUCUCUCUCUCUCUCUCUCUCUCUCUCUCUCUCUCUCUCUCCACCUCAGUUAAAUUGUCUGUGUGCAUGAUUUGGUUAGCCUUAGAUGUUAAUGAGUUAGGUAUUCUGUACACAGCAUUAAUACUGUGAUAACAUUUUGAACAGUAAGUAUUCUGUACACAGCAUUAAUACUGUGAUAACAUUUUGAACAGUAAGUAUUCUGUACACAGCAUUAAUACUGUGAUAACAUUUUGAACAAGUAUACUGGGGAAAAACUGUGUUUGUGUCCUUGAUGACCCAGUGAAGUGUGGGUGGGUGACCCAACUUUGGGCUGUGACCCAAGGGUUAAGAACCACUGACCCAAGGUGAUGCACUCCUCCAGGCACUUGCUGUGAGAGAGAGGGGAGACCUGUGCACCGCUGUGCUGCACUGUGCUUAGAUGUCCCUGGUACACUCCUGAGGCUGUACCAUUCUUGCCCCUAUUACCAGGCCAGCAUCCAGGCCGCCGCCCUGCCUGGCACUGACGGCUGUCUGAGCUCCACGAGGGUCCCUGCAGGACUGGACGCGGCGUGUGCUGGCGGGAGUGGUGCUGCGGUGGAGGUCGUGAGGCCAGGGAGCAGCAUGAGCGGCCGACAGCGGCAGCAGCAGCAGCAGCAGCAGCAGCAGCAGCCAGCCUCAGGUGUGGGGAGGCACAGGUGUGGUGGUAAGAAUCACCUGGAGGCAGGCAGCUCUGUCCACAGAGGAGAGAGCAAGUUUGAGUGCCAGCAGUGUGACAACACUUUUGUAUCCAGACAAGGCCUUAAGUACCACACCCUGACACACAGUGGUGUUAGAAAUUAUGAGUGUGGUGAGUGUGGCAGGAAAUUUACCUGUAAGUCUAACCUCAACACACACACCCUGACACACAGUGGUGUUAGAAAUUAUGAGUGUGGCGAGUGUAGCAAGAAAUUUACAAGUAAGUCUAACCUCAACACGCACACCCUGACACACAGUGGUGUUAGAAAUUAUGAGUGUGAUGAGUGUGGGAAGAAAUUUACCCACAAGUCUUCCCUCACCAGACACACCCUGACACACAGUGGUGUUAGAAAUUAUGAGUGUGAUGAGUGUGGGAAAAAAUUUACCCGCAAGUCUCAGCUCACCUCACACACCCUGACACACAGUGGUGUUAGAAAUUAUGAGUGUGGUGAGUGUGGGAAGAAAUUUAUCCACAAAUAUUCCCUCACCUCACACAUCUUGACACACAGUGGUGUUAGAAAUUAUGAGUGUGGUGAGUGCGGGAAGAAAUUUACCCACAAGUCUUCCCUCACCAGACACACCCUGACACACAGUGGUGUUAGAAAUUAUGAGUGUGAUGAGUGUGGGAAGAAAUUUACCCAAAAGUCUAACCUCAACACACACACCCUGACACACAGUGGUGUUAGAAAUUAUGAGUGUGAUGAGUGUGGAAAGAAAUUUACCCACAAGUCUUCCCUUAACACACACACCCUGACACACAGUGGUGUUAGAAAUUAUGAGUGUGAUGAGUGUGGGAAGAAAUUUACCCACAAGGGUAGCCUCACCAGACACACCCUGACACACAGUGGUGUUAGAAAUUAUGAGUGUGAUGAGUGUGGGAAAAGAUUUACCACCAUUUCUCAUCUCAAUGAACACGCCUUCAGACACACUGGGGUGAGGGAGUUCGAGUGUGAUGUUUGUGGCAAGUGUUUCAAGACAAAGGGUGAGAUUGCCAAGCACGUGAAGAUCCACUUCUGAGGUGGUGGUGUGUGGACACAUGGGGCCACACCUGUACCUGUGGUGGUGGUGGUGGUGGUGGUGGCCAUUCCUGUGAGAGAGUCAUGGCCCCAGAAGUUUUGUGUGGUGGUGGUGUGGGGGAUUCAUGGCCCCAGCAGUUUUGUGUGGUGGUGGUGGUGGUGGUUUUGUGGGGGAGUCAUGGCCCCAGCAUUUGUUUUGUUGGCAGUGCAGGUGUGACAUUCAAUAAAUGUGUGUGUGCAGUAAACCUUUGUUUGUGUAUUCACCAUUUGUAGUAUACAGGGCCUCAGCUACAGGAAUAUAUUGUAGUGAGGCAGCCCCUCUCUCUCCUUGCCUCAAGUGUUUGUGUAUUCACCAGGUGUAGUAUACAGGGCCUCAGCUACAGGAAUAUAUUGUAGUGAGGCAGCCCUUCUCUCUCCUUGCCUCAAGUGUUUGUGUAUUCACCAGGUGUAGUAUACAGGGCCUCAGCUACAGGAAUAUAUUGUAGUGAGGCAGCCCCUCUCUCUCCUUGCCUCAAGUGUUUGUGUAUUCACCAGGUGUAGUAUACAGGGCCUCAGCUACAGGAAUAUAUUGUAGUGAGGCAGCCCCUCUCUCUCCUUGCCUCAAGUGUUUGUGUAUUCACCAGGUGUAGUAUACAGGGCCUCAGCUACAGGAAUAUAUUGUAGUGAGGCAGCCCCACUCUCUCCUUGCCUCAAGUGUUUGUGUAUUCACCAGGUGUAGUAUACAGGGCCUCAGCUACAGGAAUAUAUUGUAGUGAGGCAGCCCCUCUCUCUCCUUGCCUCAAGUGUUGUGUUUCCCUUUCUUUUUGUCUCUCCUUCACACAUUAGGUUAUGUUAAGUCUGGCACCAU